AUGGGUAAACAGGUAGAUCCUUUGCAUUCGUUUCUAGCGGGAUCUAUUGCUGGGGCAGUAGAAGGAUGUAUAACGUAUCCGUUUGAGUUUGCUAAGACCAGGUUACAAUUGAUAGAUAAUUCGUCUAGGGCAUCACGUAAUCCGUUGGUUCUUAUAUAUAAUACAGCUAGAAGUCAAGGAAUUGGAGCGUUGUAUGUUGGGUGUCCUGCGUUUGUUCUGGGUAAUACUGCGAAAGCCGGUGUGAGGUUUUUGGGAUUUGACAGUAUUAAAAAUGUAUUAAAGGAUCCUGUCUCAGGGACUCUGAGUGGGCCACGGGGUGUAGUGGCUGGGUUGGGAGCAGGUCUCCUGGAGUCUAUUCUAGCUGUAACUCCUUUCGAGGCUAUCAAGACAGUUUUGAUCGAUGAUAAACAGACAGCAAAGCCACUGUACCAACAAAACGGACGUGGGGCGGUUCGGAACUAUUUGGCAUUGCUGAAAGACUUGGGUCUAAAAGGCCUGUAUAGUGGUUUAGUACCUGUGGCACUAAGACAGGCCUCUAACCAAGCUGUACGUUUUGGCUGCUACAAUAAGAUCAAAACUACGGUGCAGGAUUACAAUGGUACCCCAAGAGACAUGGCGUUAUCUACCGCGCAGACUUUUUUAGUGGGGUCUAUUAGUGGAGUGGUUACUGUUUAUACCACGAUGCCAAUAGAUACGGUCAAAACUAGAAUGCAAUCUUUGACUGCGUCGCGAUACGGCUCGACUUUGAAAUGCUUCGUGGUUAUUGUAAAGGAGGAAGGCCUCAAGGCGUUUUGGAAAGGAGCCACUCCAAGGCUAGGUAGGCUGAUAUUAUCUGGUGGUAUUGUAUUUUCUACCUACGAACGUGUGUUGACAUUUUUAAGUUGA